AUGUGCAAACUAUGUUUUGUCUGUCCCACAUUCAAACAAAGCGCCCCAAGACAGUCACGUCAACAACCGAAGCUCCUCCACGCGACAUCGAGGUCCAACGCCCGACUCAAGACCAAAGGGUCAUCGGGUCGAUCAGCCACCACGCAAAGGCGGCGCCGCGUGAAGGUGGUCAAGGUUCCACAGUACGAGCAAGUAGAAGAGACAACGACACUGCCGAGCACAACGACCACGCCGGUCCCGCCUCCGACCACACCGCCGCCUCCACCGGCAGAAACCGUUACGGUGGCUACGACGCCCCAGUUUGUGACUCCUUCGUUUCCAUCGGCUGAACAAUCAUUUUUCAAAACGCACGGUCUCCAAUAUAACCCCUUCAACCCAUACACUCAAAGUUUGCCGGUACCCCAGCAAGCGUCACCUUUCGGACCGCCGUCACCCUUUGUUUCUCAAACACUCCCGCCACAGGACGUACAACCAAAGUCAUUCUUUUCUCAGAAGGAAGAGGACGGCAGGCAUCCAACGACGUUUCAACCACCACGGCCGUUCCCUCAGCAGCCUCAGCUGAGUGAACAAGCGCCGCCGCGACAACCAGAGUUUGAGGUACCUCCACGUACUAUUUAUCAGCUACCUGGCUUCUCACCUUCACAACCUCCGACAACUCCUCAGAUUGUGUUCCCAACCGGAAGACCUCCAUUUGCUACAGAAAAGAAUUCAGAUGCAGUUCAAAACGUCCCUGUUCCUGGACAAGUGAAUAGAACGCUGCCCGUACCUUUCGACGCGCUGGGCCGUGGCAACAUCACUGUACAAACGACACGACCACCAUUCCAGCAGUUUUUCAAUUACCAAGGCAGGUUCCCUCCUCAGCCUCCGCCUCCUCCCAGCAGUCCAUUCGGAACCGUACCAAGAGCCGCGCACGUGUUUGGACCUCCAGUGACUCCAUUCCAGUCUUUCCCUGGCCAGUUCUCCGACGAUCGGUUUCGUCCUCCAACGCCGCUCCCACAGCCACCUCCAUUUAGCCGCCAGUCGUUUUUGCAGUCCCAACAGUCCCAGACAACGCCGAUACAAGACACUGCGUCCUCAAGUGGAACAACGCCACUUCAGCCUCAGCUGAACAGCCUGAGAACGCAACCCUUCGAGGUGACAACUCCAACCACGCCUGUUGAGCCACCGUUCAGCGACUAUACUGUGACCACGCCUCAGCAAACUACGCCAGCACCGCCGCUCUUCUCGCAAUACACUAACGCGAGGACGUCACCCGUUCCGCAGCCAACGCCAGCACCGACUACUCUGGCGCAGUUCAGCGAUGCUAGGACGAUACCUGUUCAGCAUUUUACGCCAUCCCCGCCUGUUCAGCAACAGUUCAGAAACUUCGGUACGAGCCCCGGUCAACCUCAGCCCACGGUCGCUUCUCAACCUCAGUACAGUAACCAAGGAGUCAGUGUCGCCCAACCUCAGUCCGGAGUCUCUGUGCAGCCACAGUAUACCACAUUUGGCGCACAGGGCGCUCAGCGUCCCUCCACUGUGCCGGACUUUGGAAACCUGGGAAAUGUUCAGCAAUCCUACGACCCUUACCAGCAGUUCAAUGGAGGUUUCCAGCUCCCCAACACACUCUUCAGCCCCGUGCAGCAAAGCUCCCAGCAAUUGGACAACCCGUACCAGUACACGGUGUCCAACCCCUUCCAGGCGCAAUUUGGGGGCCCUUACCAGCCUCAGUACAGCAACCUCCAGUCAUUCCCACAGUAUCAGACCACAGCAGGUAGAGGCCUGGGCAGCCUCCAGGAUAGUAGCGCACGAAGCUACAGAGCCACUAACCCGCCGGUCAUUGACAGAACGCUCCUAUCGUAUGACAUCGGAGUACCGGUAGGAUCCAAGUCUUGA